AUGGGAAAUCCUCCUUUCAAUCCAUAUUAUUUGGGUAAACUUACUGAACUUUGCCCAUCGAUACAAUGGAAUAUAUGGAAAAGCCUCACAAUAGGGAAAUACCCUAUUACUAUAGAACAAGCUAGUGGUAUUUAUCCGGAAAUAGAAAAAAAGAUUGAUCGUGAAAUUCUGAAUUAUAAGAAUAGAAAACAACGACAGCCUUAUUAA